AACUAUUGAAUAUAGUUAUUAAUUGUUGGUGUUGACUGAUGUUAUCUUAUAUAUGGUCAUAACCUCAAAGGUCGACAUCUUCUGUAAAUAUUACAGAGCUUACGAUUUUAAUGUAGUGUUCAUGUUAAGCUACCACUAUCACAUAAGAAAAGCGGACUGCAAAUAUUUGAUUGGUAUACGAGUGAAGUAAUUGUUUAGAAUGCUGUCACAGUUCCACUGGAUAACAGUGGUUAUCAUCAUUGCUACAGUGGGUGUUUAUUUUCCUACAAAAGGUCAAACUACAGUGGAAUGCCCUCAAGACAUUGGAUAUGAUAUUUAUUUUGUUGUUGAUGGUUCACAAAGCAUCACUUCCAGAAACUUUCUUCGUGUCCGAGAAUUCCUUAGCAGUUUUAUCAGCGAACUGGAUAUUGGAAAAAAUGCUAAUCAAGUUGGAUUGAUUCAGUUCAGUGAAGAAUUGUUGACCAGUGAAGAAUACAAUUUAAUGAUAUCCAAGAUAAGUUGAAGAUAGUGCAAACGCUAAAUGAAAUGACAUAUCAUGGUGGUCGAUAUACCUUUACUGGCUCAGCUUUGAAAAUCGUUGUUGAUUCGGUCUUUACUGGAACUGGUGGCGAUCGUCCCGAGGCAGAUAAUCUUGUUGUAAUAUUUACUGAUGGUCAGGCUCAUGAUGCAGCAGAAGCAAAGGAGUACGCUGAAAUACUAAAGAAAAGAGGAGUUAGGAUCUUGGGCAUAGGAGCUGGACCAUACCUCUCAAGAUUUAUCUCAGAAUUGGAACAGAUGGUCUCUGGUCCUGAAGAUCUUUUCACCUUCACUUUUAAAAAUUUAAAAGAAGAAAUAGGCCGAGCAAUUGCUUCAAAUCUUACCGAACAGCUUUGUCUUUUAAAACAAGCAAAAAUAACCACAGAGACCGUAACUACUGAGUCAACCAUUCCUACGACUAAAGCCACAGGCAUUUGUAACUCCAGCUCACCAUACUAUGACAUUUUCAUCAUGAUUGAUGGUUCGACGGCUCGAAAUGUCUCUUUCAACAAAGUGAAACAAUAUCUCGUGAACUUUGUUCAAAAUGCAAACAUUGGUUAUUUGCAAAGCCGACUUGGCAUCUUGCAGUUCAGUCUUCCACAUUUAGCUUCUAUCGUGGCAACAUUUGGUGGAUCACAGGAAAAGAAUAAUUUAUUGAAUUAUAUCGACAAUAUGCAGUACCAGCAAGGUUCGGGACGAUUUACUGGUAAAGCAUUAGAGCUUGUUGAGAGACAGAUAUUUUCAGAAAAUGUAGAAAAUCGCACUGACGUUAAAAAUAUCCUUAUUGUAAUAAGCUAUGGCUCAUCUAACGAUACAAGUCUUGCUCAGCGCAUUGCUGCAAAGUUAAGUAAUCGAGUUCAUAUUUUCAUUAUUGGUGUUGAAUUAUCUUCGGAUGCAAUGAAAGUUGAACAUAGAAGUUUGGCUAGCCAGGUUGAUGAUUUCAUUGAAACAACGUUUGAAGAGCUGCCGAAAGUAUCGUAUGAAUUGUUGAGAAAACUUUGUCACAGCACAACAUUUUUCACAUCACGUGCAAAUACCACAAAAGUGGUUGAAACCGCAGAGAGUACAGCAACAGAAGCUUUAACCACAGAGAGUACAACAACAGAAACUGUAACCACAGAGAGUACAACAACAGAAACUGUAACCACAGACAGUACAACAACAGAAGAUGUAACCACAGACAGUACAACAACAGAAGGUGUAACCACAGACAGUACAACAACAGAAGCUGUAACCACAAAGAGUACAACAACAGAAGCUGUAACCACAGAGAGUACAACAACAGAAGCUGUAACCACACAGAGUACAUCAACAGAAGCUUUAACCACAGAGAGUACAACAACAGAAGGUGUAACCACAGAGAGUACAACAACAGAAGCUGUAACCACACAGAGUACAACAACAGAAGCUGUAACCACAGAGAGUACAACAACAGAAACUGUAACCACAGAGAGUACAACAACAGAAGCUUUAACCACAGAGAGUACAACAACAGAAGGUGUAACCACAGACAGUACAACAACAGAAGCUGUAACCACACAGAGUACAACAACAGAAGCUGUAACCACAGAGAGUACAACAACAGAAACUGUAACCACAGAGAGUACAACAACAGAAGGUGUAACCACAGACAGUACAACAACAGAAGGUGUAACCACAGAGAGUACAACAACAGAAGAUGUAACCACAGACAGUACAACAACAGAAGGUGUAACAACAGAGAGUACAACAACAGAAGCUUUAACCACUGACAGUACAACAACAGAAGCUGCAACCACACAGAGUACAUCAACAGAAGCUUUAACCACAGACAGUACAACAACAGAAAUUGCUAUAGCUGAUAAAAUAACAUCAAAUACAUUAAUUACAAAAGUUCCUCCCACUGGAAUUAUGCAAGUUACAGAUUGCAUGGAGCGUGAUAUAUUUUUGGCCAUCGACGGAACAGCAAAUGUAGGAGAAAAUAAUUUCUUGAAACAAGUGAAUUUUCUCAGAAAAUUUAUCGAAAGCGUAAAGUUAGGAUCUAAUAAAGUACGUGUUGGCGUUCUUGAAAUCAGCAAUAUUGAACAGACUCAUACAUUGUUUGGCUUCAGCUCAUCACAAAAUCUACUCGACAUUCACAACUUAUUAAAGAACGUUCCAUAUUACAAUACACCUGAGCGGCAUGUUGGACAUGCGCUGAAGAUGAUCUAUAAUGAGGUAUUUACAGGUUCAGGUGGUGAUCGUUUUUCUGUUGAAGAUAUUUUGAUAGUGUUAGUGAAUGGUCGCACACAAGAUGCUGGACUUGCAAGUGAAUUUUCUGAAAAACUUAAAAUCCGAGGAGUGAGAAUCAUAGCUGUUGCUUUGGGAAAUGAAACAAGCUCUUUUGAAGAUCAGAUGGAACUUUUAGCUUCUAGUUUUGAGGAUGUACGUCAAUCAAGUUUUAACGAUUUAAAUUCAGUGAUGAAUUACGUGUUGGAAGAUAUUUGUACGUUGGUUGACACUACAGCAGCCCAUAAAACAACCAAUGGCAGGAUAACGCUGACAACUGAUUCACCAACAAAGAAAAAGUCUUGUAACAGCCAGAAGGCAAAUGAUAUUUUAUACAUGGUGGACACUACAGCUAAUGUAACUGAUUUUUGGAUGACAAAGAUGAAAUCCUUUAUUUCAUACUCUAUGAAUCGUUUCAAAAAGAUCAAUCCCUUCACUAUGAUGGGAAUUAUGCAAUUCAAUGGUCAAUCUUCUGUGAAAAUCAUUAAAAAACUUGCUAGAGAUUUAAUUGGAGCAAAUUUAACAUAUCAUUUGGAAAAACUACAGCCGAGUAAAGUAUCAAAAAGACUUACAGGUGAUGCUCUUGUUGAAGCUGGAAAAACGUUUUAUGAAGUAAAUACGAAUUAUCGUCGCAAUGACAUUCAAGAUGUUAUAAUUUUAUUCACCGAUGGACAUGCCAACGACCAUGAAAAAGUUGUUCAAGAGGUCGAUCUACUUAAAGCAAGAAAAAUCAAAAUAAUAGUGAUUUCUUUCGGGGAGUUACGUUCUGUUGUUGAUGCUGAAUGGGACAAGAUUGUAAACGAAACUUAUCUUUUCAUGUCAACACUCGAACCAUUGUCUUUUUCAUCUCUCUUCAAUAGUAUCUGGGAACCAAUUUGUUCGGAGGUGUACUACAGGAAAAACUUUCCACCACCUUCAUUUGAAUGUAAUGAUAAACCACAAGACAUUUACUUUGUUGUUGAUGGUUCAGCCAGCAUUAAAUAUACUAACUUUCGAAGCGUUCGCAAACUUCUCCAAGAUUUAGUUGUUCUUCUCACAAGACAGAACAACAACCUACACAUUGGGAUAAUGCAGUACAGUGAAGUGAGUAAGAACGAGAAGAUUUUGAAGAUGGAAUACCAUACGAGAGAAGAGAUUCUUUACGCAGUUCAAUCAAUCAAAUAUCAUGCAGGCCGUAAAACUUAUACUGGAAACGCUUUAAGCAGAGUCAGCACAGAGGUAUUCAACAAACACGGAGGGGACAGGCCAUUGGUUAAUGAUACUUUAAUUCUGAUGACAGACGGCCAAGCACAUGAUUUAUCGCUGGCUCAUCAGAUGGCAGAUGCCUUGAAGUCACGUCGAAUAAAGAUAUUGGGUGUGGCUGCUGGAAAAUUAGAACAAAUAAAGCACUUUAAAGACGAACUCGAAGAAAUGGUGACGAGCAAAGACGACAUCAUUACUGUAGAUUUUGUUGACUUGGCAACAUAUGCCACCAAAUUACUACGUAUCACAUGUUAAUAAAGAUCUCUCCUUUUCACAUGACAUCACAUUUUUUACAUAACAUCGAAAACUCCUAUUCUUAAAACGAUUUUAGCUUAUUUCCUUAGCGUGAAGUAUUUUUCUUGAAAUUUAACAAUGCGUAAAAAAAUGAUUAA